GGGGAGAAAAAGGCUGCUAAAAUACAAACCAAACUACCUUUAGAAAUCAACUUAAGUGAAAAGGUUAGCUUUCCCACAUAAAAUCUGAUUAUAAACCAUCCGAGGCUAGAAUUCCUGGAAUUCUCCAAAGAUGGGUUUAAGGAGCUACCAUGUAGAAGACAACAAUUUGUGCUUUCAAACGCCAACUUUCAUUGAAUGGCUCAAGCCUUCAUCUAAUUCUCCUUCUUCAUCACUAUCCUCUUAUUCUUCUUCCUCUUCUUCUUUCACCACGGAACAAUUGCUAAACCAGUUCUCGGAUCCCAUGAGCGGGGGAAGUAUUCAAUGCCUGCCUCUCCUAAGUGGUUUUACCGAGAGAAAACCGUUGAAAGAGGAGGAAGAGACAACAAGAGCUCAGGAGAUUAGUCUUGGUGUUAAAGAAGAGAAGAUAGAGAACGUUACAGUGGCCUUACACAUUGGAUUACCAAACGCCGAAGAUAUUUCUGAUGUUGAGAACAAGGGCAUUAAGGAAGAAGUAGUAGGCGACAAAAAAAGCUUUAAUGGAUGUUCUUUCAACAAAGAUAGCAGGUUUUGGAUCCCAACUCCUGCGCAAAUCCUUGUUGGGCCGAUGCAAUUCUCUUGCUCCAUAUGCAGUAAAACCUUUAAUAGGUACAAUAACAUGCAGAUGCAUAUGUGGGGGCACGGAUCUGAAUAUAGAAAAGGUCCAGAUUCACUUAAAGGAACGCAACCAGCGGCAAUGUUAAGGUUACCAUGCUAUUGUUGUGCUCAAGGUUGCAAGAACAACAUCAACCAUCCUCGUGCCAAGCCAUUGAAAGACUUCAGGACACUUCAAACACACUUCAAACGAAAGCAUGGUGCAAAGCCAUUUAUGUGCAGAAAAUGUGGCAAAACUUUCGCGGUUAAAGGGGAUUGGAGAACACAUGAAAAAAAUUGUGGGAAGUUGUGGUAUUGCACCUGUGGUUCGGAUUUCAAACAUAAAAGAUCUCUAAAGGAUCACAUUAGGUCAUUUGGGAAAGGCCAUUCUCCACACCCAUCUCUUGAUGGGUUUGAUCAUGAUGAGAAGGAAUGCAUCACCGGAUCUGAAGAUGAAAUCGCUCGUUGAUUUUUGAAGGGUUUUAAAUGGUUUGAUUUUCAAAAGGGUUUCAAAAGUUUUUCUUUUGGAAGUUAAGUAUAGAUGCUGCAAGUUUUUAGCUAGGCUCAUGCAUGGAGGCUUGUGCUCGGUAACAAAACAUUCUCAACAAGAACGUUGGGAGCGAUUUGCUACAGAGCACUUGCCGGGCUUUGAGCUAUAAUAUCUCUAGACUUUUAUGCGGAGUUUUUUUUUAGAAGAAUAAGAAGAUUGCCUCAAGUAGUCGUGAAGCUGAUGAAUUUUCUUCUUCUCGUAGCGUGCAUGCACAAUUGCAUUGUUUAAGUUCAUGUACCUCUCCAAGAGGGAAAAUUCGUCCGCUUCAUUGCUAAUUUGUAAUCUUUACAUCAGGAUUGUGUCGUUUAAUCUCUUUCUCGCUUUCAUUUAUGUGACUUUAAUGCUAUGUUUUUACUCUCUAUUACUUCCAUAAUUCUUUAUGAUCGGCUUCUGUUUUCCCUUAUAA